GAUCCGUUUUUUUUUUCUUUUUAUUUUUUUAAUUUACAAAAAAAAAACACUAAAAAUGAUGCAAACAACUUCAACUCUCUCUUCUCUUCGUCUCUCUCUCCCUCCUACGAUCCCUCUCAACCACCGCCUCCGUCCCGUCUCCGCCGUGCUCCGCCGUCGUAGUAUCCCUCUCCUCCGCCUCCGAUAUUACGAUUCUGCCCUCUCCCCCCGCCUCUGCCUCGCCGCCGCGAGUCAGGACUCGGAGUUGCACGCUGAAAUGGCUGGUGAAGAUGGACAAGACCCCAGAAUCCCUAAGAUCGCUUCUGCGAUUCGAGUUAUCCCCAACUUCCCCAAACCAGGUAUCAUGUUUCAGGAUAUAACGACACUUCUUCUGGACACUCGGGCCUUUAGGGACACCAUUGAUCUGUUCGUCGAGAGGUACAAAGGGAAAGACAUCUCUGUUGUUGCAGGUGUCGAAGCUAGAGGUUUCAUAUUUGGCCCUCCUAUUGCUUUGGCCAUUGGAGCUAAAUUUGUUCCUAUGAGGAAGCCCAAAAAGUUACCCGGUAUAUAUCUAUCUAUAUGGUCUAUUCUCCUCUCAUCAAUGGCUUGCUAUCUUGCUUUCGUGAUCUGCGAUCAUUAUAAAGGCUUUUCCUUCAAAUCAUCGGUAACGUUAUCGUUUAUGUUCGUUGAAGGCCCAACACCAUUUCUUCAAAGCAUAAGUAAUAUUAUCGUUCGGUUCGGUGGGCAAAUU